AUGAAAGCAAUUGUUCAGCGUGUAACAUCAGCCAAAGUUACAGUAAACGAAGAGUUAAUUAGUUCAAUUGGAAGAGGCCUCUGUGUAUUGGUUGGCAUCACACACUCUGAUACGGAAAAGGAUGUGGAAUAUCUGUAA